UUUCUGAAGUUCAAGACUUAGUUCACCAAGAUAAACCUCGCACGCGAGGUUUAUCUUGGUGAACUAUUCAAGACUCAACUUUUUAGCAGUGUUUGUUUCAGCGUGACAGUAGUCUAGUCGUGUGCUGAGUUCAGAUGGUAUAAGAUGAAGAGGUUUGAUAUACCGGAAGUUCCAGUUGAACUGCACUAUGAAAAAAAGCAUGAUCCGCUUGGCUUUCCUGAUGUCAUUGAAGAUGACACCAGGAACAUCGACUCUGCAUUCCAGAGCGGUUAUGAGAACGAUCAUGACACCUUAAGUGUAGAUGAGACUGCUGCAGAUGAGGUUAUAACAUCCCAUCACAUAGAAAGCAGCAAUCUCUCCAGAAGAGAAGCUGUUGUUGACCAGGCGCAGGACCAUGAUGGAAGACUUGUUUAUGGUUCAAAGGAGGACAUCAAUACGUUUAUAAACAAAAUGAUGAAUAGUAAUGACGGAUCUGGAGUGAUUCUUGAGAGGUUCUCCUCCAUCUUAAAGAUAACCAGUGGCAAUUAUAUUGAUUUUACUGUCCAUGAACCAUUGCAAGAUAAGAUUGAUGUUUGUGAAGAUGGGAUCACAAAGAAGUUGUUUAUAAAGAAAAAGGUGCCCAUUGAACAAUUCAUGGCCCGAAAGCAGGAAGUAGAAAUUCCUCUGCAGUACCAGGAUUGCAAAUGGAUGGUUCAGAUUUAUGGACUUAAAAAACCAGAAGAUGAUGUCAUCAUAUUAAUGGAAUAUUGUGCAGGUGGCACUAUUGAAGACAUUGCACACACUGAUAUGUGGUCUUCAAGUCACUGGCUUAUGUUGACUGAACAGUUGCUUGAAGCUCUUGUGUUUCUACAGAACCAAGACAUUUGUCAUGGUGAUAUAAAAUUAUCAAACCUCCUUUUAAGGAAUAGUGAUGAUCCGAAAUCAGUCUGUAUCACUGACUGGGAGAGUGCAAAAACCCCAUUUUAUAAGAUCAACAACAGAGUAACUCUCACCCAUCUUCCACCAUGGUACAGCAAACAUUGCAGUGGUCAGGGACAAUGGACUGAUGACCGAAAGAGCAUGGAUAACUGGAGUCUUGGACUUAGCAUCUGUAGUCUGAUUACUGGACAGCAGCCAUGGGCACGUCUUCAUGAAUUGGCACGCAAUUGUGGCAACUGUCCUGAGUGGCAAAGAGUCUGUGCUCACAACCAGCGCAAAAUUAUUAACUAUAUAAGUGAAAAUCCAAAUGAGAUAUCAGAUUUCUAUCCUGACGAAGUGGAAACCGGGUGCGGCCAUGUGUUAACAAGCGUAAUCAAAGGCUUGCUACCAACAAGUGGCCGAAUGUCGGAUCAGUGGAACGCAGAUUUUGCCUUGGACGUACUUCAAGGCCGAGUUGCUUGUCCUGUGCAAGUCCAAAUAUUUCUUGAUGGAAGAAUCCGUUACUGUAUUUGGACUGAAAGUGAUACAAAAUUCAAAUCAUUUUUGAAAAAACCUGAGAUCACUAGCAUGAUUGAAGAUUUGAAGCUGAAAGAUAACAGAUUCAUGGAUGGUUAUUAUUUCAAACAACAUGAUGGUGAUACUGUGCCUUUCAGUUUUAAAAUAAUUAAGGAUGUAGAUUUUGACAUAUGUCCUUCACGUUUUGGAAAAAACCCAUGUAAGGCAACAGUUUUGUAAUUACUGUGCCUUUCAGUUUUAAAAUAAUUAAGGAUGUAGAUUUUGACGUAUGUCCUUCCACGUUUUGGAAAAAAAACAUUAUACGGCAACAGUUUUGUAAUAAAGGUGUUGUAAAAACAA